AUGUUCAAGGGACUGAGCAAAGGCUCCCAGGGGAAGGGGUCCCCCAAGGGCUCCCCCAGCAAGCACAGUCGGGCCCAGGGGUGGACUCUCUCCCUGCCUUGGGAGCCGCACACUCAGGCCGAACUUCAGCCCUGGCGGGAGGCAGGGGAUGGCCUGGGGCUCCCUACAUCCUCUAAGGGGGCCUGUGGGCCACGGAUUGAGGCCGCUCAGCGGGAGAAGUGCUGGACAGAAGCCAGCACCGAUGUCCUCCUCUGCCAAAGGCUGGGAGAGAGGAGAGCCUGGCUGGCUGACUCCAGCUCUGCCCCAAGGCUCUACUUGGCUGGGAUGACCCCCGGAGCCUGGGACUGGCUGAACAGUGAGCAGAGCCAGGCCCUGCAGCACCAACAUGAGACGGGCCGCAGCCUGAAGGAGGCCGAGGCGCUGCUCAAGGACCUCUUCCUGGACGUGGACAAGGCCCCACGGCUCAAGCACCCGCAGGCUGAGGAGAUUGAGAAGGACAUCGAGCAGCUGCACAAGCGGUUGACCCAGGAGUGUGCGGAGUACCGUGCCCUGUAUGAGAAGAUGGUGCUGCCCCCAAACGUGGGACCUAGGGUCGACUGGGCACGCGUGCUGGAGCAGAGACAGAAGCAGGUCUGCGCAGGCCAGUACCGGCCGGGCAUGGCGGAGCUGGAGCAACAGAUCGCCGAGCACAACGUCCUGCAGAAGGAGAUCGACAACCAAGGAGAGCAGCUGCAGAGCCUCGUGGGGCCGGAUGCAGCCACCAUCCGGAGCCAAUACCGAGACCUACUGAAGGCGGCGUCGUGGCGCGGGCAAAGCCUGGGCAGCCUGUACACGCACCUGCAGGGCUGCACGCGGCAGCUGAGCGCCCUGGCGGAGCAGCAGCGCCGCAUCCUGCAGCAGGACUGGAGCGACCUCAUGGCCGACCCUGCGGGCGUGCGGCGGGAGUACGAGCACUUAAAGCAGCACGAGCUGUUGAGCCAGGAGCAGAGCGUAAACCAGCUGGAGGACGACGGUGAGCGCAUGGUGGAGGUGCGGCACCCCGCGGUGUGGCCCAUCCAGGCCCACCAGGAGGCCCUGAAGAUGGAGUGGCAGAACUUCCUGAACCUGUGCAUCUGCCAGGAGACCCAGCUGCAGCACGUGGAGGACUACAGCCGGUUCCAGGAAGAGGCCGACUCAGUCAGCCAGACCCUGGUGAAGCUCAACUCCAACUUGGAUGCCAAGUAUAGCCCUGCACCUGGGGGCCCCCCUGGCACCCCCACAGAGCUGCUGCAACAGCUGGAGGCAGAGGAGAAACAGCUGGCCGUCACCGAGAGGGCCACUGGGGACCUGCAGCGGCAAAGCCGGGAUGUGGCCCCUCUGCCACAGCGAAGAAACCUGCCUCAGCAGCCCCUGCACAUGGACAGCAUCUGCGACUGGGACUCAGGAGAAGUGCAGCUGCUGCGGGGUGAGGGGUAUAAGCUGAUAGAUAACACUGUCCCGCACACCUGGGUCAUGCAGGGCCCUGGUGGGGAGACCAACCGUGCUCCCGCCGCCUGCUUCUGCAUCCCAGCACCAGACCCUGAUGCCGUGGCCAGGGCCUCCCGGCUGGCCUCGGAGCUGCAGGCCCUGAAGCAGAAACUGGCCACAGUCCAGAGCUACCUGAAGGCCAGCGCUGUGGAGUCUGUUCAGCCCAGCCAGCAUGCUCCAUCUGGCUCGGCCCUGGCCAACCCACAGGCCCAGAAGCUCCUGACACAGAUGACCCGGCUGGAUGGAGACCUGGGACAGAUAGAGAGGCAGGUGCUGGCCUGGGCACGGGCCCUGCUGAGCCGCACCACGCCCCUGGAGGACCCGGUGGGCCGCAUCCACAGCCGUGAGGUGGGUGAGCAGCGGAAAGGGGCAGCUGGGAUGAGAAGCGGCCUGGCCCUGGAGCUCACACUUGAGGGAGGUGAGGCAAGUGCAGGAGCAGUGGCUGGGACGGAGGUGGAGAAGGGUGUGGACAGACCCGGGCUCAGACAAGCUGCUUCCCCUCCCAGCUCCUCCACUGACCAGCUCCGUGAUCUCAGACCACAUAACCUUCUGGGCCUUGGUUUCCUCACCCCUGAAGCAGACAUAAUAACGCCCAGCUCACCUGAUCAUUCAGGAAGGUUCCAGUAGGCCCAAUGUCAACACCCCCAGGAGGUAUUCUGGUAAAGCUCCUGAAAUAGCAAGGAAGCCUGGAGAAUCUUAGGAAGAGAUGUUCCCUGGCUGCAAGGGGGAGCCUUCCUGGGGAGGUUGCAGCAUUGUGUAAACUCCUUACCCAAGAACAGCAAGCUCUCUGCCACGUGGACUCAACACUCCCAAAAGUGCUCAAAGUGAAACCCACACCGGGCCAUAGUCUGGGUUGUCCUUCCAAACCAGUUUCUUUUCUUUUCUUCAGACAAAGUCCCUGCAUCACCCAGACUGGAGUGCAGUGGCGCGAUCUCGGCUCACUGCAACUUCUGCCUCCCAGGUUCAAACAAUUCUCCUGCCUCAACCUCCGGAGUAGCUGGGAUUACAGGUGCACACCACCAUGCCCAACUAAUUUUUGUAUUUUUAGUAGAGACGGGGUUUCACCAUGUUGGCCAGGCUGAUGUUGAACUCCUGACCUCAAGUGACCCAUCCAUCUCAGCCUCCCUGAGUGCUGGGAUUACAGGUGUGAGCCACCGCGCCUGGUCUGUUUUUUGAGCUGGGGUGUCACUUUGUCACCCAGGCUGGAGUGCAGUGGUGUGCAGUGGUAUAAUCUCAGCUCACUGCAACCUCCACCUCCCAGGCUUGAGUGAUCCUCCCACCUCAGCCUCCCAAGUAGUUGGGACCACAGGUACAACACUGAGCCCAGCUAAUUUUUUGGUAGAGAUGGGGUUUUGCCAUGUUGCCCAGCUCAUGUGACAGUGAACCGUAGAUGAAUAUUUGGAGUCAAUGGAUGAUUGCUAGAAAAUGAGCCAUGAAAUGGGAUGAGAACAUGAGACAGUGUAGAAAUUGGGAACAUAAAUGGCUGCAGGUCUAAGAAUGUAACAUGACAUUAUUGGGUAGAGGCAGAACAUUCUAGGAGAACACUGAGAAUGGGAGUUCAGGGUGUGGGAAAUCCAGGGGAGUUCACUCAGGGCUCCAGUAAUUGGUUUUGUGUCCUGAAGGGGCAGUCACCCAGCUGAAUCAGAGUCAGGCUGACACUGACCCAGAUCCUGUGACCAGGACUCUCAGCAAUGACACAGAGGUGACCUGGGGGAGCAGUCAUCUUAGAAUGGGAGAAGGAAGAGCUCUCAUUUGGGGCACGUGGACACAGGAAGAGGUGCAGGUGCUGGCCUGUGAACCUGGUCUUCUGAACCCACCUAAGGGAGGGACAAGUGGAGGGCAGGUACCCAGACGAUGGUGGACAGUGGCCACUCUCGUAACUCCUUGAACUUCUUUUCCUUUCUUUCCCCCCGGGAUGAGAAGGCCAUCACAAAGGUAUUUUUUCCCUUGUUUCCCAAGACUGCCUGAAUUUCAGAUUGAUGUUUUGUAAGUGGGAGUGGCUGUGUCUUGACCUGGUUGCUGUUGAAGGAAUAUUGGAAAGGUCAUGAAGCCAGAACUGUAACUUUCUGUGAUAGAAACAGCCUGGCCUGUGUCCCUUCCCACGUCCCAGCAUGCACAGGACAACACUCAUCAUGAGCUAAGGGGGCAGGUGUGAGCCACAGUGAUACACAUACUGGGCCACUUAGGCAAACCUUCUGUUGUUUUCCUCUCCUGUCAGGACCACAAAUCACCCAGCCACGUGGUUAGCAAAUGACUAACCCCAGCUGCAGCUCCAGGGACAGGCCAUGUAUUAUCCAACCAAUCUGAGUGUCCACUCCCAGUCACUAUGAUGGUGUCAGGGGAGACAGUGUGAGUGAUCUAGACAAGUUGUCCUGAAGGCCAGGAUUCCUGAUCAGUAGGUCAGGGACUCCAGGUCUUAAUCAUUCUGGAGGGUUUGUAUCCAAAUGUGAUUCCCAGGACGGCAGAGGUAUUUUGUUCCCAUGGGAAUUCAGCCAGGGAACAGGAAAGGACAUGGAGAAGGGACAUCUCAGAUUAAGUCUCAGAGGGAGAUUCUGCUUUUGCCAUCUAAAAAGAAAAGUUCCUGUGACACCUUUGAAUGAUGCUAGGGGGCAGUUUUCAGUGUUUACAUUGUGGCGAUGAGCUUAGGGCCUCCCCAACUCCCCUUGCCCAUGAAGGCUUCCCAGCAGGAGGCUCAGUAUGCCCCAUCCUGGUCCUAAGGCAGCCAGCCUUGAGCCCUCUCUCCUCACCCUGGCUUCAGUCCCUCCUCCCUCCCCCAAACACAUGCUGAAUCCCACCAUUCUCUCCAGUGACCCAAGCUGGUCCCACAGCCUUCACACUUCCCGCUUCCUUGUCCAUCUUCUCUGAGGCAUCUAAACUUUUCUGCACAAACUGAAGUCAGAUCUUGUGUCGUCCCAGUCCAACCCUCUAAUGGCUCCUCUCCCCUGCCCCCUGCCCACCGAGUGCUCCUCUCCUCACAGGUAGUUUUCUCUAAAUGCAUUGACAUAUAUACCUGUUAGUCUUACCUCUUCUACCAGAUGAUGUAAGCUUCUUGGCUAACCCUUGGCCAAGAAGAACAGUGAGCCUUCCUGUUUUGUUCAUCUUGUGUCCUGAGCCCCUUGACUUGAAGCUGGCACACAGUAGGUGCUCAGACCUCUGGGAAUAAACUAUCCUGGGUCACUCUGUGGACAGUGGACUCUGUCUUUGGUUCUGUCCUGAGCCAUCAGAUUCUCAGGGCAGCCUGACCCUGGUAUUGAGAAAUAUUUCUUAAUAUGAGACAAUAUGACAAUGUGUUCCUGUCAGGGCUGGAUGUGUGGGUAGAAUUGAGAGGAAGGAGACACAGUUUCUAGACCAUAUUCACUGCGGUGGGUAUAAAUCUCUAAACUUUGAGCAAAAAAACAAAAAAGAGAAAGAAAGAACCCACCAGGGCUGAGCCGCUGACUUGGCCGAGGGCUGGGGGCUGCACAGGGAGAACAUCUCACUGCGUGUGCCAUAUGUUUUGGUCUCACAGUGCCUGCAGCACUGCAUGAGCUUGAUGUCCCUGUCCCAAGCUGAGCAGGGAUAAUCAGCUUCAUCCUUGGGAUGAGGAGACCAGAAAUGCUCAGGAAGGCAGUGCUCACCUGCUGUGGGCCGACGACUGCUAUCGUAGAUGAGGAGUUUGGAGGCCCCACUGGGAACUUCUGGUAUCAGGACCACGCCCUUGCCCGGUGUUGCUGCUGCUUCCAGCGCAGGUGCUGGUGUUCGUCUCCCCACAGACUCGGGCGCUGCAGAUGGCUAAGUCAGCACGGAUUGGGCCCUGGGUCCCAGACAUUAGGACGAACACAGGGUGAGAGAGGCAGGACGGUGGGCACAGACACAUGCACAAUCCUUGGUCCUUUUAUCUACAGCCCUGAUGCCUGGCCCCAGCCACCUGUGUAGUAAAUAAGAAGAGGGAGAAGGGGAGAAUCCCAGGCCAUGGUGGGUACCCCCACACAGCUCUGCAUCCUGAGGACCCUCAGCUGGGCCUGAGCUGCCCAAGUCCCUCCUACUAUCUCCAGCAGCCCAGGGCAAGGGGGGACACUUCAUACAAACAAGUCUCCUCCUCUGGGCUGUCUAAGCCCCACCAUGGGACCUGACUCUUACCUCUGCCUGGAAAGCUGACCCUGGGGCUGUGGACUUAGGUGGGGCUGUUCUGUGGCUCCACAGGGACCUGUGAGGACACAGCUGCUGGCCCCAGUGGGUGGGGGCACUGAACUCCAGUGCAGGGCCAGGGGCGGGUCUCCCAGCUGAGACCCACAGCACAGGCCUCAGUGUCCCCUGCUGCCCAAGGCCCAGAUGCACCCAUGUAUGCUGUCCCUUCCAGUGCCCAUUUUGUCCUCCCCAAAAAGGAUGGAGCUGGGCAGUGUCCAUGCCACUAAGUACCUGAGUCUCAGGUUUCCACACAUCCCUCCUCCCCCUGUACUCACCUGCCCAGCUCACUGUGUGGUUUACAGGACAGUCCUGGAGCUCUUCCUCCCUGAGGAGCCUCCACUGGGGGCAGCAGAGCAAAAAACCCAGCAAGGACAGGGCAGCACCUCCUUCCAGGGCACCUGGAGCUGCUCCCUCCUCCUUCUUCCUGGCUGACCAGAGCCACACAUGAGAAUGAGUGUCUCUCUUUGGGACACAGUCAGUGAGGGCUCCUGAGUCACCACAGCCUGAGAACUGAACCAAGAAACAAAAACAGAUACAUGUUAGGAAUGAGGAAGAGAAGCAGAGGGAUACCUCCAAAGGCCUGUCUCUGAAAUCUCCAUGAACCCAGACACAGAGUGAGGAGAAAGCAGAGGUGGAAGAGAAGCAUCCAGGCCAUGGUGUGGACUUUCCAAAGAUCCCCAGGACCCUCAGCCUGCUGGAAUCUUGGACAGUUCCUCUAGCUCUUCAUCAGCUCCCUGAGUGAAGAUGUGUGUUUGGGUGCGGCAUUAUGCGACUAUGGGUUAUUUACCAAAACCACCAGCUCCAUGGGUUCUGAGUGCUCAGCCAGGGAGCAGCCGCUCUGUCGGGGAGGCUGGGCUGCUGGGAGCUCUGAAUUCGCCCUUUGGUAGAAAGCACCUGCUCUAACCCCCAACUCGGGCCAGUGAGUAUGGGCCCGGGAGCCAUAAAUGAGAGCUCUGGGAGUUAAUUUCAGGCCUUGCUCACCUCUGAGAAGAUCCACAGCGCCUCCUGCUGGGAUUAGAUGACUAUUGUUUGUACUUCUCUAUGGUAAAUAAUUCCUCUAAUGCUUGCUUGAUUUUUAAUUUCAUUGUUACCUGUUCCAGAGUCCCUCUAGACUAUCGUUUUUAAUUUAAUUUAUUGUAUGUUUCAGUUCUCUAAUUUCAGCUUGGUUUGUUUUUAUGACUUCUUUUUCUUUUCUGGGAUUUGUUUCUUUUCCACUUGUUUCAAGAAUGUUCUUGUGACCCACAUUUACCUAUGUAACACACCUGCACAUGUACCCCUGGGCCUAAAAUAAAACUUCAAAAAAUAAUGUCUAAAAUUGCUGAAGGGAUUGUAUAA